AUGUUUAUCACGAUGAGUACUCUCGUCGGUCUUAUAAUCGCGUGUUUAGCGCUCGGCACUAACGGUUUAUUAAAACCGCUAAUUAUCGGUGGCCAGGAUGCUCCGAUCGAACUGUAUCCAUAUCAGGCUUCAUUGCGAUAUGAAGGUUAUCACUUUUGUAACGCAGUUAUUAUUAACAAGAGAUACGUCAUUACCGUUGCGCAAUGCGUUUAUGAUGUCAGUAAUCCAUACAUAUACAGCGUUAUGGUUGGAAGCGAUCGUCUCGAUAAACCAGGCGAUGUAUAUCGAGUAUUGAACAUAAUAGUACACAAUGGUUAUAAUAAAGCGCUACAUAUUCACGACAUCGCUUUGAUUCGCGUGACGGAGGAUAUUAAGUUUAACGAAAACGUCCAACCUAUUUCCCUACCAACCGUCGAACGAAAUUACGAUGAUUAUCCUCUCAUGGUUACAGGCUGGGCAAAGAACAACGGUGAUUUCGGUAAUCCGGUCGUUGCUGACGGUAUUUUAGUUGGUCUAGUGUCACUCGCACGUUGCAGCCCCACGUAUCCAGACAUAUCCACCAGGGUAUUCUAUCACAAAUCAUGGAUCGAUGAGAAAAUCGAGAAGAUCUAA